AUUAUAAGGGGCUACAGGGGAGAGGCCCGUGAACCAGCAGAGGAUUUGAUCGAUCGCUGGCCGGCCAUGGCUGCUCCGGCGUUAUUCCUGUUCGUCCUGAUCACCGUGGGAUUCAACGUCUGCGCCGACGCCGGCAGAAUCCGUCAGGUGGUGCCGCAGGCCGUCCACCCGGCCGAGGACGGAGCCGAUUCCGGCGACGGGAUGUUCUGCCCCAGCUGGCACUUCGCCGUCGAGACGAACGACGCCGGCUUCUGGGCGACCGUCCCUUCGAGGUGCGUAGGGUACGUCAAGCAGUACCUGACGGGUGGAAGGUACGAAUCGGACUCCGCGAUGGUGUCAUUCAAGGCAGCAGAGUUCGCCCGGGGCGUGGAGAUCGCCGGCGACGGUAAGGACGCUUGGGUCUUCGACAUUGACGAGACGCUCCUCUCCAACCUGCCCUACUACGCUGCGAAUGGCUUCGGAUCGGAGGCUUUUAAUGAGGCAACUUUUGACGAAUGGGCGGACGAAGGGAUUGCACCAGCACUGCCGGAGAGUCUGAAGCUUUACAAAGUGCUCAAAAGUUUGGGAUUUGAACUCUUCUUGUUGACGGGGCGCAGUGAGCCCCAGAGGAACGUCACAGUAUCGAACCUCUUAUUUGCUGGAUAUGACUCUUGGAACAGGCUGAUCCUAAGAGCAAAGGAGGAUCAAGGGAAGCCUGCUAUACUUUAUAAAUCGGAGAGGAGAUUGGAGAUGGAAAAGGAAGGCUAUCGGAUCCAUGGGAGCUCCGGGGACCAAUGGAGUGAUCUGUUAGGUUUCGCCAUAGCUACGCGAUCAUUCAAGCUUCCAAAUCCGAUGUACUACAUUCCAUAACACUCUACCUUCUUAUCUUUGCGUGUGCACCAACGUUCAUUCCUCUUUGGGUUGUGCAGAAGCAAAACAUCAUUCAUCCUGAUUUUUUUGUUUUGUGCUUCUAAUUAAUUGAAGGGAGAGAUGAGAAGGAACAAAACUCCGUGUCACACUGGUGCUCGUAAAUGGUUGAUGCUGGUGCUUUUUCAA